AUGAAGAGAGGAUAUGCGUCUUGUGAGGACAUAGAUUUUGAUAGGGAGGAGCUCUAUGAGUCGACUGAAGAUAGAGAGGCGCUGAUGAAAAUGCCAGAAACAAGGCGAGAGGAGAUCCUGUAUGAGAGGCAUCUGGAGCGACAAAAGCUUAGGGAGAAAAAAGAGCUUGAAGAAAAGAUGUACCGAGGAAGUAAGAAAGACGAUGUGAGUGUGAAAGAUAAGGAUGGUGGCAAGGACGUGUUUACAGGAGAGGGCGGCGAUGAACAAGAGUUCCUGGAGUUUAGUGGCUGUAUUGUCAGCAGAGACAUGAUUGCAAGGAAUGUGUUCAAACCCUUUUUUGAAGGGUUUGUGGGUCAUUUUACAAGGGCAAGGAUAAAUGGGCUGUAUGUGGUUGUUAAGAUAUUAGGAGUUAGUAAAGGUGAAGUAUAUGGGAUAUGGAUGAAGGGACAGGAGGUGAAGACAAAUAGGUACUUGGAUGUAUCCACAGGGACAAAGACUUACACCCGGUUUAAGAUUGAGAAUGUGAGCAAUUCGCCACUACUGAAUGAGGAGUAUGAAGAUGUGUGGAGGUCGUUCAAAAUAGGAUCUGUGUCAAAAGUUAAAGAGUGCUAUGAUGAGUUGAUAAAGAUGAUGAGCAAGGAGCUGAGUGAUGGAGAAAUAACGGAGAUGAUCAAAUGCAAGGAGGAGGUGUGUCCUCGGAAGCGGAGUGUGGCACAUAUGAAAAUUGAGUUAAUACAGAAGAGAGACAAAGCGAUUGAACUUAAGGACAAGAAGACAGCAAUGAAAUACCAGAAGUUGAUUGAGGAGAUUGAGGACCAGGUUAGCAGGGAUUCUAUCAAGAGGCGUGAGUAG